UCUCCCGACAGACAGUAGUCUUCCUAAGAUUUCCAACCCGUCUCCACAUCACUGCACAAGCCAGCCACUGGACCGGCCGUCCGAGGCUCCUGGGUGAGGCUGACUCACUGUCCGUCCGCAGCAGCGAGCCCUCGGGGGAGCGUCUAUUUCUCUGCCUCGGCGCAGCAGCACGUGUCCUCCCAGAAGACACACCUGCAGGGAGCCCUUCCGCACCCACAGUACACCUGCCUGCAGCAUGAAGGGUGGAGGGCGCCCUGCGCCCCUCUGCUCCCAGGUGCCCGCAGGAGCGGGUCGUGCAGAGCCCGCCCGCCGCCCGCCUCCUCCUGCAGGGCAGACCCCGGCCGCCGGCUCCUGCUGACGGGCUCCGAGUGACCUACGCCCGGCUCACUUCUGAGGACAGCACCUUUCUUUCUCAAGAUGGAUGUGCUGCUUAAGACGGGUUUCUGAGAGCCUCCCGGCAGAGCCUGAAGGCCGCCCGUGGUGGAGGUGUGGGCAUGACCUCCCGAGCGCCCGUCGCUGGCAUGGAGACCCACCCCGGAGCCUACGACGGCACCCCCGUGGCGCUCAACCUGUCCGGCGUGCUGGCCGGCAGGGCACUAGCCAACCAGACGGGCGAGCUGGCGGCGCACCCGCACCCGCAGUACGCCAUCGGGCUCUUCCUCUCCUGCCUCUACACCGUCUUCCUCUUCCCCAUCGGCUUCGUGGGGAACAUCCUGAUCCUGGUGGUGAACCUCAGCGCCCGGGAGAGGAUGAGCGUCCCCGACCUGUACUUCAUCAACCUGGCGGCAGCCGACCUCAUCCUGGUGGCCGACUCGCUGAUCGAGGUGUUCAACCUGGACGAGCAGUACUACGACAUCGCCGUGCUCUGCACCUUCAUGUCCCUCUUCCUGCAGAUCAACAUGUACAGCAGCAUCUUCUUCCUCACCUGGAUGAGCUUCGACCGCUACCUCGCCCUGGCCCAGGCCAUGCGCUGCGGCCUGUUCCGCACCAAGCAGCACGCCCGGCUCAGCUGCGGCCUCAUCUGGAUGGCCUCGGUCUCCGCCACACUGGUGCCCUUCACCGCUGUGCACCUGCAGCACUCCGGGGACGUCUGCUUCUGCUUCGCAGACGUCAAGGAGAUCCAGUGGCUGGAGGUCACCCUGGGCUUCAUCAUCCCCUUCGCCAUCAUCGGCCUCUGCUACUCACUCAUCGCCCGGGUCCUCGUCAAGGCCCACAGGAGCCGGGGCCUGCGCCCGCGCCGGCAGAAGGCGCUCCGCAUGAUCGUGGCCGUGGUCCUCGUCUUCUUCAUCUGCUGGCUGCCCGAGAACGUGUUCAUCAGCGUGCACCUCCUGCAGCAGGCGCAGCCAGGCGCCGAGCCCUGCCAACAGUCUUUCCGCCAUGCCUACCCCCUCACCGGCCACAUUGUCAACCUCGCAGCUUUCUCCAACAGCUGCCUGAACCCCCUCAUCUACAGCUUCCUUGGGGAGACCUUCAGAUUCAAGCUGCGGCUGUACAUGGAGCAGAGAACAAGCGUGUCGGCCCUGAAUCGCUUCUGCCACGCGGCCCUGAAGGCCGUCAUCCCGGAUGCCGAGCAGCCAGAGGUGAGGUUCAGCAGCGUGGCGUGACGGGAGCUGCUCCUGCCCUCAGCACCGCCCGGGCGAGGGCACCGAGGGGGUCAGGGCAUGCCAGGGCCCCUCCCAGCUGGAGCGCUGCCACCCUCGAGCUCUCAGGCACCUGCACCAGCUGCUGCAGAGCUGUACCACCACCGUGCUCCCGAUGGCAGUCACGGAUGCCACGGGCCUGGGACCCGCGUGGCCCUCUCCGCGCAGACUGUCUCACGGCAGCAGCAAGGAGGGCGCUUUGGUGGAGCGCCUUCAUGCCAGGCAGCUCGCCAGGAGCCUGCCCCUCAGGAGAAAUGGAGCCUAAGGCUGAGCUGAGCUGGCAAGGCCACUGCCCCGUCUGUGUCCGCACGCUGCGUGCCUGCCCAGUGCCUUUGGUCCCCAGGUGAGAGUGACACCUGCGCGCUCAGGCUGCCUGGGCACCAUCACUCCCUCCUUUCCAUCUGGACGCAGCGUCUCUGCAGCAGCGGAGUGGAGGGGCCCCGAGGGCGGCUCGGGAACACGGCGAGACGCUCCAGCUCGUGGGGACAGUGGAGCAGUGAGGACGCCGUGAGAACAGCUCUGGGUAAAAUGUACAGAGGUAAUGCCAGUGGUGGCUGGCACUGCUCAGCUCUGUCAAUAAAACUCGCGUGCUGGUGCCUCCAGGUUCUCGAAGCAGCUCCCUCCCGGGGCGGGUGGGGCUCAUGGAGCCCGUAAAGUCUCCUGCGCGAUGCGGCUCCUCACUCACGUGAGAGCUCUUAGGCCAACACUCACCGCAGCCCCUGGACAUGGCGGCAUCUCUGGGGGUCUGGGCCCUGCUGCACCAUCCUUGGGCAGAAUGUUCCACGCGGCCUCACUCUUCUAGAAGGUUCUGGCUGUCAGCACAAGCGCAACCCGCAGUCCUGCAGGGACAGCUGCAGCUCCGGGCAGUCAGGGAGCCCGCAGGCGGGGUCCUGAGAAGUGGGCAGGUCUGUCCAUCCAGUGGGAUGGGCCCCGGGACAGCAGCGGGGCCCCCACAGGCUGCCCCGGAUGCACUGAACCAGCUUCCGGGAGCAUGAGGCCUGGGAGAGCCCCGUAAAAGGUUCAGGGUAUCCGACAGUCCCUGCCCCCCACCCCCUCGGGCGGGCAGGCGAGUGUGUGCUCACGCCUGCAGCUGCAGCUGUCACAC